AUGGCCGAAGAUCCGUACGGAGCUGCACACCACAUCUUCCGCCACAUGAUCAUGUUGCUCUUCAACAUCAAGGACGUCAAUCAUCCGGCGGUCCAGCUCAUGGACCUGUAUGUGAUGAAACAUCCGCAGAUCCUCGCUUGGUCGCAAUGCAUUGCCUUCUGGAUGCUGCUCAACGUGCUGACCGUCUUGUUCGUCCUUUACUGUGGGACCAGAAUGGCGAUUACCAUGAUGCACCGCACUCUAUUCGCUUUCUGGCGCGUAGUCAGGCUCUUGGCGAGUCAGCGGCGGCAGGAGAAGAUGUCCAAGAACGUUCGGCGCAGAAGCGUGCACGACGAGGGCAUACAACGUGCUUCGGUGAGCGCGGUUGCCGGAUUCAGGGAAGAAACUGCGUCAUGCACAGACAGAUCUUCAGAGGCGGACGAGACGUCGAAGAACGGGCGAAGCCGAAGAAAAGCAUCGCCUCCCACGAUUUCAAUCACAAGUAAUGCGGCCAGGCUGCGCUGGCGGCAGGAGACUGCGAUUCAUCCAACGAACGAAAAAUGA